AUGGUGCCGUCACUCGACUCGUUGGAGAUCGGAGCCGUUGUUCCUAUGGUCAGGUUGCCUAUUGGCAACUGGGACUUGUGGAGUAGCACCUCUAACGUAUCCCUCCAGAUGAUGAUGCCCCCCAAUGGAGUCGCUGAAACUUAUCCUCAUCCGACCUAUGCCGAGGACAAUCGCAUCCAAGUCCCGCCGGGUCAAAUGGGCACGGGCGCUCUUCACGUUGCGGGAGGAGAUCCAAUUCCAGCCCACAACCCUCAUGUGGUCGACGUGGUCAUCGGCCCAAAAUGA